AAAGAAUCGAUUAACCAUUUAUCGAUAACAUGGACGCGGGCACCAAAAUCUUAGUUGUGGGCGAUGUGCGGGGUCGCUUCAAGCAACUGUUCCAGCGCGUGGAGCAGGUCAACAAAAAGGCAGGACCCUUUGAAAUCCUGUGUUGUGUCGGAGACUUCUUUGGCGACGACAAGCAAAACGAGGAACUGAUUGCUUACAAAAAUGGAUUCAAGCACAUCACCGUGCCCACCUAUGUCCUUGGUCCUAAUAAGAAGGAGCACACCAAAUACUUUGCUGAUCUGGCGGAUGGUGAAAUCUGCACAAAUCUCACAUAUCUGGGCCGGCGUGGAGUCUACACGCUCAGCAGCGGCGUGAAAAUAGCCUAUCUAAGUGGUUUUGAAGCUGCUGGCGCUACAGAAUCCUCAGGCUCUGAAUUCGAGUUCACGAAAGCCGAUGUCCUGGCUGUGCGUAACUCCUGCCUGGUGUCCAAGAACUGCUCCACGGAGUACAGGGGAGUGGAUGUGCUGCUCACCUCGCAGUGGCCAUAUGGCAUGCAGGAGCAGGAGAAUGCCAAUGCAUCCAAGCUGGUUUCCUUUCUUUGCCGUGAGAUCAAGCCGCGUUAUCAUUUCUGCGCCAUCAAUGGCACCCACUACGAGUGUGCUCCCUUCCGAAUGCCCAAGGAUGAGACCACACAGUUCGAGUUGUGCACGCGCUUCAUAUCCUUGGCGGAUGUGGGCAAUGCCAAUAAAGCCAAGUACAUUUACGCGCUCAGCCUGAAGCCAGUGGAUAAGUCACGAUUGCUGGACCUAGUGCAAAAGACCACCAAUGAAAUACCUUGUCCUUUUAUAGGCCUAGACCUAGGAGGAGCUGUCAGCAAGAAUGAUUCGUCGGAAAAUCGUCAGUACUUUUACGACAUGGAAGGUGGCAAUCGCAAGCGGCAGGGCGGUGAAAACAACAGGAGAGAUAAACGCCCGAGGAUACCGCAAAUUGAUCAGGAAAAGUGCUGGUUCUGCUUGUCCUCGCCCGAUGUGGAGAAGCACCUCAUUAUCACCGUGGGCGAGCACUUCUAUUUGGCUUUGGCCAAGGGACCCAUAAAUAAAAAUCACGUCAUGAUUCUAUCCACCAAACAUGUGCCCUGCGCUGCCCAGCUUAGUCCCGAAGAUUGGCAGGAACUGGACAAGUUCAAGGCUGCUCUGCGCAAGUUCUUCAAGUCCCUCGGUCAGGUUGUGUGCUUCACGGAGCGGCAUUACAAGUCCGUUCACCUGCAGAUCAAUGUCCUGGCCUUCGAGGAGGGUUAUGCGUGGAAGAUAAAGCAUAGUUUCGAGGACAAGGCGGAGGAAUUUAAUCUGGAAUUUGAGACAUUGCCGGCCUUGGAUUCCGUGAAAAUGCUGCCAGAAAUGGGGCCAUAUUUUCUAGCUGAGCUGCCAGACGACAGCACGCUUAUAACGCGCCAGAUGAAACAUUUUCCCAUUCAUUUUGCCAGGGACGUUUUCUGCUCGGAGAAUCUGCUAAACUGCGACGAGAAGGUCAACUGGAAGGAGUGCCUUCUAGAAAGAGACGAGGAAGUGGCUUAUGUAGAGGACUUUCGUAAGGCCUUUGCUCCCUUCGAUUUCACAGAUGACUAAAGCCAAGAACAAGGUUAUGUAUGUAUAGUUAAAAUUCCAUUUCGGUUGUAAUUGCUGAGCCCAUGCUAACAGUUCAUCCAUGUAAAUGCUAAAAACUACAAUAUAAUUUA